AAAAAGAAGAAGAAAGAAACCCUGUCUCGAAAAAUAAAAAGUAAAUAAAAGCCUGGAGACAAUGGCUGGAGAUGUUAAAGCCGCACUGCUUUGGAGGGGAACUAAGUUCCGUUAUCACUUUUUUUUUUUUUUUAAAUUGCUUUGGCGUUUUGGGACAGGGUUCCUCUUUGUAGCCUAGAACGCUCUGUAGACCAGCCUGGCCUCAUCAGAAAUCUGCCUGCUUCCACCUACCUCCCUAGAGCGGAGAUCAAAGGUACGCAUCACCACAGCCCGACCGGGCGCACCUACACUCAUGCAUAUAAAAUGUUAAAACAUUUAUGGAUGUGAAGUGUGCGCGCAGAGGACUGGACACGCACUACAGUCUAAUAGAGUGCUUGUCUAGCAAGUAUUAGGCAUGAAAUCUUGGGUUAAAUUCCAGCACCACAGUACGAUGGGCGUGGUGGGGAACCUGAAAUGUAGAACUAUACGGUUUGUCUCCAGGAGGUCCUUGACAUACGUAACAAUGCGCAGUGAAAUACCCAUCCAGUGCUCUUUUCUCCAGAAAGCAUUCAGAGGCUGUGGUGGUUGGGAUGUAUCGUUUUUGUGAGUGUCCUAAGCGACUCGAAAAGGGCUUUGUUUUAGAUGGGGUGGCUGUGAGCACAAUGGCCCAGGCCUACAGCCUCUCGAGGCCCAAGGUAUGGUCCGCGAUUCCACCCUACAACCCACAGCAGGACUACCACACUCGCAGGUACUUCCGGAGCCACGUGGUUCCGCCCAUUUUGCGGAAAACUGAUCAGGAUCGUGGCGGUACAGGAAGGGAUGGCUGGAUAGUGGAUUAUUUCCACAUUUUCGGUCAAGGACAGAGAUAUCUGAACAGGAGAAACUGGGGAGGGGCAGGGCAUUCCCUCCAGCAGGUGAGUGGACAUGACUACUACAAUGCCAAUCUGAAGCCCAUAACGACGGGCUUAAACGGCCGAUUCGGCUACCGCAGGAACACUCCAGCCCUCCGUCAGCGCACGUCAGCGUUUGGAGAAGUCACUCCAUUCCCUGUCUUCUGAAGAUGUUGCUUUACAGUAUUUGACAUGAAUCUCCAAGACAGAUGUUUAGAUGAGCUGUCGAUGCUAUUCUAUAUUUUUUAAACAUGCAUUUGUGUCUCCAGGUGUGUUCUUUCUUCUCUGGGGUAGGAGGAGGGAACAAGUUGGUUUCUGUACACUCAGUUU